AAAAAAAAACAGUGCAUUCAGCAUUCUUCUUUAGUUCUUUAAUCUUUAUAGGUCUUUGUCAGUACUUUUGUAUCCGUUGUCUACGAUUAUCUAGAAAGCCUUUAUAUAUAUAUUUAUUAUAUUAUAUUAUCUAGGCUCUACGAUUAUCUAUAAUUAUCGUGAUUGUUUCAUUUCGUGCCAUAGACCAAUAGUUUGUUCAAAAUAAUAAAAUAUACACAUUACAUUUGUCAUACAUGAUAUAAACUAAUCAAACAUCAGUAAUGUACUAAUGUAAAAAGCGUUAAAAAUGCGUUAACUUUUCGGGAACUAGCAAGUGAUAUAAGGAAAUCGUUGAUUAAUGACAGCCAUGCUGAAUGCUGAUGUCGAUAUGAAUAUGUGAUAAAGAACACAAAUCGGGGAAGGGGAAACGAUUGCAAAUAACGCGGCCGGCGAAUCGACUUAAUCGCCCGCAUGCCUGGCCUGUAUUCCCAAAGGACUGCAGCGAGCAAUAAGGAUUUAACCGCCAACCGGGUGAAUCAGUCGUUGUCAAAUACUCAAAUGUGCUAUUACGAAUUGCGUCGAUACUAAUAUGACUCGAUAAUUAUAUCAUAAGUAAUAACGUUAUAUUAUUGUGUAUAAUAUGUUUUGUUGAUGCGACGUAGCUAUUAGGUAUGUAAUAUAUUUUUUUUAACCCACUUUAAUACUAAACCUAAUAUAAUAACAUAACUUAACAUACAAUGGAAUCGUCGAUGAAUAAAAAUUCCGUUCAAUAUCUGAUCCAUAAUCCAUUUUCUACUUUGACGUAUGAAGAGCAAAUAGCAAUAAAGCAACUAGGACGACCUACUCCAGACCUAAAAGGUCUCGUUUCAAAAUCGAAAAAAGAUAACAAGGAAUACACUCGUCAUUUUCAUAUGGAUACCUACAAAAAACACACGUGGUUGUGCGGGUGCGAAGUGGAACAAGCUGUGUUUUGUUUUCCGUGUUUAUGUUUUGGUAAUGAAACUUCGUGGACUGAUUGUGGUGUAAAACACUUGGGCCAUUUAUCAUCGAAAAUAAAAAAACACCAAAAUUCAUUUGAUCAUUUGCAAAACGAAGUUAACCUUAAAGUACUCGGUAAUGGUAAUAUAAACGACGAAGCUGAUAAACUUUAUGAAAUAGAAAUAAAACGCCACAACGAGCAAAUCGAAAAAAACCGUUAUAUUCUAGAAAAAUAUCUCAAAUGUGUACAAUUUUGUGGGAAAUAUAACCUUCCACUGAAGGACCGCGGUGACAAUAUAAUGACCCCCGACUAUAACUACGGUGUAUUCCUAGGCGCUGUUGAUCUAUGUAAAGGUUGUGACGUAAGUCUGCGGUGCUAUUUAGAAAACUCGACUAGCAUAAAUUGGACUUCAAUGACAAUCCACGACGAUUUAUUGGACUGCAUAUUCCUUGUAGCCCGGCAGAAAAUUUUGUCGGAAAUGGAAAUGGUGCAAUUCAUUUCAAUAAUUGUUGACGGGACCACCCAUGUUUCAAACACAGUGCAUUUGGUUAUACUGUUCCGCUAUGAAUUAAAAGGUAAACCCGUCGAACGUUUUUGGGGGUUUUUGAACGCUGCUAAUGGACACGAUGCAGGAUCAUUGUCGCAGACAAUAAUGUCCGAAGUGAACUCGAUCUUAAAAGACGCGCCGUACAAAGUAGUAGCUCAAUCGUACGGUGGAGCAGCGGUUAUGAGUAAAGUAAAUGUCGGAGUUAAGGAAAUGUACCCGUACGCGUACUAUAUGCAUUGCCACACACACCAGUUGCACGUAGAAAUGACCCAGGCGGUUUCGGGGAACAAAGAAGUCCAAAUGUUCUUUUCGGAUUUAUCGGACAUAACUGAAUUCUUUUCAAACUCGCCGCAAAGGGUAGCCGUGCUCGACGGAAUAACGGGCAACCGGCCAUCGCGGACCGGGUGCAAUUUCACCGGAACGAGCGGCACUCUGAACACGGUUUACAUGUAUCGAAGUGAGAUAAUGCGCUGUAUGGACAUAAUAAUAAAAACAUCGCAACAGACGUCGACGAUUAAACAGGCGGGAUCGAUAAAACGUUUACUCAGCGAUUCGGUGUUUGUAGUGUGGUUGGCGGUCUUCUAUGAAAUAAUGCCAAACGUCUACAGUCUCCACGACAGUGUGCAAACCGCCGCGUUGGACGACUCUGCUGACGAAAGUAUACCGAUUUUAGUUCAACAGUUCGAAAAACAAAUAUCUGACGUACGUAAUAAAGUUCCCGAUAUUAUUGAAAUUUCUUCAAACUUGCCGGACGUAAAUGUUAAAAGAAAACGUUUCGAGCAAUGCAAUAAUCUUAAUAACCACUACUACGACAAUGAAUCUCGAAAACAAUCAGCUAUUGACGUUUGUAAUACUUUAAUAGAUACAACUAAAGAUCGCUUAGAGUUCACUAAACACUUGACCGCAGUUAAGCUAUUUCAAGCUGAAAAAUACCCUGCAUAUACGAAAAAAUUUCCAAUUCAAUUACUUCUGAGUACGUUUCAUUGUUACCCAUUUUUCGAUAAAGAUAGACUGAAAACUGAACUAGAUGUCAUGUAUUUUAGAGACGAUUUUCGUACUUUGUCCGGUAUUAUUCCAACACAUCAAUACAUUUUAAGGAAUAAUAUGAUUGAUACUUUUAAAGAAGUGAUUUUGCUUUUACGAAUAUUAAUGACAGUUCCUCCAAUGACCACUGGACAAGAAAACAGUUUUUCAACUUUUAAAAAGAUUAAGACGUGCCUAAGAAACACUACGGUUGAAGAAAAAUUAAAUGCUAUAACAAUGUUAAAUAUUGAAAAUAAAAUGAUUUCAGAUGAUACUAAUUUUAAUAAAAAAGUAAUUGAUAUGUUUAGUGAAAGAAACAAUAGAUGUUUAGAUUUUAAAUAUAAAAUCAAGUAGUUAUAUUAAUUUUGGAUUUUGGAUAAUUAAAAAUUGUAUUUAAGUAAC